AAGAGAACAACCCAGAGUUUAAAAUCGGACUGUGUGUGUGUAUAUAUACUGUAUGUUUCAACAAUCUAUUGACUAUUGUUAAAAUACCUUUCAGAAAUUAUAACAUUUUAUUAUGACAAACUGUCUGUUAUUUGCGCAGAAACUUCACUGCUGCUGUGGAAACAGACAAAGCCCUCUUGGAUUGAUCUGCAUCACGCUAUGAAAUUAUACUAUGAAUGUACUUUUCCUACCGUGUUAAUAACGGUCGUGCAGUUGACCAUCGUAAGUUUCGCCAAGCCCGCCUCUGUGACCACGUUUGCUGGGACUGACCAUCAGGAGCGCACUGACUCACACAGAAUCGAAGUCUUCAAGCAAAAAAUUCUCGAUGGUUUGCAGUAUAAGAAUGUGCCCCGUGUGACUUCAUUUAACGAAACAAUUGCAGAGAAAAGGAAGUUAAUUCAAAUGUAUAGGAACUACAUGCGGAAAAGGGAUAGGAAUUAUCCUCAAGAAUCGGAACCGAUCACGGGAACUGCCAGAAUGCAUCGCUAUAACCUUAGGCCAGGAAAUGAAAAGGCGUCCAACGAAAAGAGAUUGAAACUAUUUGUCGUACCUGAAUUGAAACACCCAGAGGAUCAUACAAGGGAGAGAGCUGUAUCUAGUGCAAGACUAAAACUGUUCAAGCAUACGUCUCUCGCUACAACACGCACAACCGAAGUAGAAAUCAAACUUUUUAACAAGAACCAAGUAAUAGACACGCUAGUCGAAUCCAGAACAAUAGAUUUAAGUAGAGACGGAUGGGAAAUAUUUGAUGUUACCCAAGUCGUUCAAGACUGGAUCGAAGAUCCGGAACUUAAUAAUGGAAUUGAAAUUUUUGUUGAUGGACUUGAUGCUGGUCAAUUAGUCUUUCCAUCACUUAACAUUACGGAACGAAUGAGCUCAAAAUCUUCUACUAAUACAACAAUCCCCAAUGUCAUACUACCUAUUUUAGAAAUGAAAACUCAUGAACGUUCGAUUUUGAAACGAGUGAAAAGACAAAACGAUAUAGAAAGAAGAGAUUGUGUUAAAGGCGAUGGAGAAAGUAGGUGCUGUCGCUUUACUACAACUAUUGCAUUUAGUGAUCUGGGCUGGAAUGACUGGAUUAUAGCUCCACCCGAUUACGAGGCGCAUUAUUGCGACGGAAGUUGUCCCGACCGGUUUAAAAUGGCCAAUACAUUUGCGGGGAUUCAGGCUAGACUCCACGCUCUUUAUCCAAACAAAUUCCCCAAACCUUGUUGCGUUCCAUCCAAACUAAGUCCACUCACUAUACUGCAUAAAGACAGCAGUGGCAAAUAUCAGUUCACGGAUUAUCCUGAUAUGAUCGUAGAGGACUGCAAGUGCGCAUGAGAGGAACUUAUCGCUUAGGUGUGAAUUAUCCUUUUGUGUUCAAAAAUUAAGCCAAAAUCGUUUCCCAAUUUCCACUUUGUGUAUCAAAAUUGCUUCUUAACAGAUGUGUUGAACAUAAAAAGGCGUCCAAGGUUGGCAAUUCAUAUGCUUGAACAAAGGGUACUGAAUUUAUCAAAUUGAGAUAUUUUACCUCUUAAAAUCGCGCAACACAACAAUCUACUCAACGCUUAUUUUUACUUGAUUAUUUCUACUCAGUUUUUAUGAGUUCCAAGGUUAGUAAAUUGUUUGUAGUUUUGAACGAGUGACAGCGCAAGCGCAAUCGAAGCAACGAUCCUUUAAGCGGGGGAUUUUUUUUCCAUUUUUAAACAAGCCGCUUACCCGUGGUUCUUCGCAAUGUAAUUUUUUGAUGUGUUCAAAAUGACCACUAUGAAUCUUUAAGGUCACGUGACUUGAGGCGGGGUAGAAUCUCAUGUUAGUGAGCAUGAACUGUGAUCACAAGAUGUUUGUAUUUAUCAGUGUGAAUGUUUUAUGAAUGUUCUUUAAAUGUUCAGUUGUUAACUUAUUAAAUUCGUUAUUGUUACAGAAAUUUGAAA